AAUAUUCCCGAACACUGAUCACGAGCACCUCUCCAAAGAGCUUUGGUGGCACUACAUCUAUGUCCUCCGCAAACCCACUUCCUUCGUCUCCAAAAACUACUCGCUUCUUUCUGCCGCCUUCCAUGCCGAAUUUGGCGUCACCCUAUUGAACGACCAUUCAGAGCCUGGACCCGCUGCGCACUGUUUCCAACGUGCGAUCCAGCUCUACCUCGAAGCCGGAAAAUCCCGCACCUACGACCUCGUCCGAGAGUGCCUUGAUGGGCUCCUCGACUCCCUCACUCGCCUCGACGACCACGUUCGCAUCGAGCGCGUCCUGAUCAACGACUUCUCCCUCCUCCGCAUCGCCCCCUCUGGCUUCACCACCUCAGGCUUCGUAAACAAGUACCUCGCCCGUCUGCAGCUCGCCAUGUCCGCGUCCGGCCGCACCUCGCAAUACCUAACCUACCUCGCGCGCUUCUGCGCGGACCCCACGACUCCCGCCGACAAGGGGAUGGAGCACAUGGUUUCCAAAAACCUCCGGCGCCGCCGCCUGCAGCUCUCCCCGCUGCUCGCCACCAAGAACGAACCCGAGUCUUCGGCGUUCGCGGCCCGCCUGCUGGCGAACAACAUCGAGCGCUGCAACUGGGCGCCGUGUAAGGACUGCACCGCGUUCACGAUGGACGCGUGGAGGGAGCUGAUGCAUUCGCUGUGCGCGUGCCUGGUCGUGGCUGGGCUCGGCGAUGCACAAGAGAUUGCCGGGUGUCGCCGCGCGCUGGAGGAUAGGCUCGAUGGGCGGUGCAAACGCGUGCAUCGGGGUGAGGACGGGUGGAGGUAUCACGAUGAGGCCGCGGAUGAGUACUACGCACUUGACUGGGAGGGCGACGAGGGGAAGCGCUUAAGGGAGGAGAUAUUGAUGGCGCUGGAGACGACGCUGGCGGCGUUGAAGGCGUCGGAGUCGCGCAUGAGGCUGCGGAGGGAGAUCAAGGAGCUAGCGGAUGUCAAGUUCAGGAAGGUGCAUGAGCCGUGGGAGAUCGAGGUGCCGCUGGAGAAGGAUGUGGUGUUUUGGGGAGGUCCCGAGCGCGAGCUGUGGAUGGAGAAUACGCCGGCUAUACCAGUGUUGGAUGCCGACAAGUUGGUGGAGCUGGAGGGGGAGCUGGUCCGCAUCUCGAGGCAACUCACGGAGGAUAUCGACGCGGAGGAGUCUCUACGGCAAGACACACUAUGAGAUUUUGGAGUGCAUGAGGGAAACGAAUGCUCGAGAACCGCAGCCGAUGUAUAUUGGAGGAAUAUAUUCCAAGGAUUAUUCCAACAGAGCAGAGUAGAGAUAUGAAAGAGAAAAAACACCAAAAGCCAAAACUCCCAAAAACCAAAGUGACCAUCGAUCACACGUGGUAAAGUAGAGAAACGUGAUGCAAGCAUCAACAAUGUCUCAGUGACAACAUUGGUCAUC